GCCGCGCAGUCGGAGCGGCGCGGCGUUGCCGCGGUUGCCGUUGGUCGCUAUGCGCUUUAGGGCUAAGAUCGUGGAUCUCGCCUGUCUCAACCACUUCAGCCGUGUAAUUAACACGAUCGCGAAAUUAGCCAAGAGCUGCACCCUGCGUCUGACAGAGAGCAAGCUGUACUUCAUCCUGUCCGACAGAGUUGCUAAUGGAGGAGUCAGCAUGUGGGGCGAGCUGUGCCAGGGGAAUUUCUUUGAUGAAUAUCAGAUGGAGGGAGUAGAUGUAGAUCACAAUGAAAUAUAUUUAGAGCUCAUGCCUGAGAACCUGUCAAGAGCAUUAAAAACUGCCCAGAGUGCAAAGGCAGUGAAGAUCAAGUUGACUAACAAACAUUCUCCCUGUCUCAGAGUUGCUGUGGAGCUACCGUCCUUAUCAAGCAGCAGUAGGAUUGUGACACAUGACAUUCCUGUGAAGGUUAUUCCCAGAAGACUAUGGAAUGACUUCAGAGAGCCCAGUGUGCCAGACUUUGAUGUCAGUAUUUACCUACCAGCACUGAAAACAAUGAAGAAUAUUGUGGAGAGAAUGAAGAAUAUCAGCAAUUGUAUUGUGAUUGAAGCAAAUUUGAGUGGAGAAAUGAACUUAAAAAUAGAAACUGAUGUAGUAUCUGUAACAACGCAUUUUAAAGAUUUGGGAAAUCCUCCCUGGGCAUCAGAGGAUGGAUGUCAAAGCUCUGCUCAAGGCAGAGAUCUGCAGAGCAUGGCUGAAGCACGCAUAGACAUCAAGAAGUUGCAGCAGCUGCUUGUAGGACAGCAGGUCAAUCCCACAAAAGCCUUGUGCAAUAUCGUGAGUAAAAGAAUUGUCCACUUUAUCUUGCUCCAUGAAGAUGUUUCACUUCAGUAUUUUAUUCCAGCGCUUGUCUGAAUGUUUUGGAAUCGUAGCCAUUUUCCAACUGAGGCCUUUCCCACAAAGUGGGGUAGCAACUUACCUUGGUAUUGUCUGUUUGGUUUAUAAAUACGUUUGUGAUUUUCUGUGAGAUAGGGGUGGGUGGGAGGAAAGGGGUCACUAGUCUUCUUUUAAUAAAAUGUAAGAUGUAAUCCAACAAUUGAGGCAAACAAAUGCUUUAUACUGUUCUUUUGAAGCAGUUGACACCUGUGUUUGAGUCACUGGAUCUGUAGAAAUCUAAUUCUUCUUAAUGGUGCCGCUUGUCUGCUUCCAGAAAGGACAAGGUAGGGUGGUUAUUUCUUUGUUAGGAAUAUUUUUUUGGAAUAUGUGGGACAUUCAGCCUGUGGAUAUUCAAAUUGUUUGUUGUUUUUUUAAUUAAAUAGCUGAGAAGCACUUUGAUUAAGUUUCUGACUCUAAUGGCAGGAGAUCCUGAAAGCAGAAAACUUUCAAGGCACCUCCUGGUUAUCCUGAUGUCUGUAUUUGAGAUGAACUGCUGAGUUACGCUUCCGUUGUUCACACUGUGUUUUGGUUAAAGUGCAAGGCCAGUAGGAAGUGGACAGAUAAGUAAUCCAGAACUGAAGCUUUCUGGAGCAAUUAUAGAAUUGUUGUUCUUGAGUGGGGAAAUAAUUCCAAUUUGGCAUUGUUGGGAAUGCUUGGAAUCCAUAAUUUUCCAUCAGGCAAAGAUAUCAGUGAAGCUGCAUUUUAUCAUUCUGUAUUACAGUAGCGGCUGCGCGCCCCCAUGUGGCAGAGGUGAAAACGCACUGAAUGAGUGGAGCACCAUCGUGCAGCCUUUUCUUCCAUCGCAUUACAACUCUCCUGUUCCCCUGUUGGCUAGGUACUCCAGGCUCACAAUAUACGCAACGUGUUUGCUUAUCAAUUUUUCCAUAUAAGGUCUAUCACCAAGCUCUUGUUUUUAAGAUCACUUUGUACUUUUCUAUGGGUGCAGGAGGGUGAUGUUUCUUGAAGCUGUCAUGCCUGUUUCAUUGCAUGCCAGGCUUUCCUUACUCUGCUCUGUAUUUUUUGCCUUAUCCUUCGCUACUUACAAAAGCCAUGCUUAAGAAAGAAGAAACCCAUUUCAGGUAGUAUCUAAAGGUUAACUAGCCCCAAUUCCUGAUGAUACCUUUUAUGGUAUUCUAGGAAGCACAGAUUAUUUAUUUACAUUUAUUUAGCAGCCUUUUCCUUUUCAAUGAACUUAAACAUUCUUCUGUGAAAGUUGGUAUUGUUCGUGUUUGAUCACUGUGGGUGUUGCUCAAACCCUUUGGAUUAAUUUACUACCCUGUUUGGGGCAUCCUAGCCUCCAUUCUGUUCUGUUGCUCAGCAUUCUUCUUGUGAAAAACAACCAAGGCAGGCAUUUUGACCUACAUAGCUAUUUUGUAAGAAAGGUGUAAGUUUGGUGAGGGUCUGUACCUUGGUACUGGAAGUUUCUACUGCAGAAACACAAUUCUCAUGUCAUGCAGCUAUGAAAAGAAAUCUAAGAGCAGUCUUGCCAAGAGAUGUUAUUGAUAGUUCUAAAAUACUGUGUUGUUGCAUACUCUGAGUAUCUGAAGAAGAGACACAAUAGGUUUCCCAUGUAUUGUUUUAUGAUCUGCAAAAAGACCAUCUGUUCUUAGUUUAUGCCCUGGUGAUAUAGGCAUUGAGGGAUAGGAACAAAGCUGCUAUCCUUCUGUGCUCUGUUACUGUGGAAGGCUGCAUCACAAGCUUCUUAGAUUCCCUGUCAGAAACUUUUCCAGAGAUUCCCCUCUUCUUGCAGAUGCAUGUAUUCUUUUUGCUGAUGUUUUCCUUUUUGCUGAGAUUGAUUUUAUUUUUUUUUUCAUUCUUUUUAGUGAGAAAAGCCCUUCUCCGUACUGAAAGAUUUUUAUCAAAGCCACUUCUAUGCCUCUUUUUGCUUAUAAGGCCAAGUGUGCUUCCGGGAAGCUUGUCCCUUAAUUCUGAUGUAUUACAAGAGUUCUGCAGCUAACUUCUUGUUUUCACUUUUUAUGCUAACGCAUAUUGCCCUUGUAUGUUUUAGUUCUUCCUAAGGAUAUGGUUCUGAGUUUUGUUGUUCUGUUUAAAUUUCAGGACAUCCUUCAGAUGACAGUGUUUAUAAAAUAUUAGAGAAUUAGAAAGUCAUCUAUUUUCGCAGUCAUGGAAUCACAGAAUGGUUAAGGUUUUGGAAGGGACCUCUGGAGGUCACCUUGUCCAACCCUGUUGCUUGAGCAGGGUUGCCUAGAACAGGUUAUGCAGGGCCAUGUACAUGCAGCUUUUGAAGAUAGCCAAAGAGGGAGGCUCCAUCACCUCUCUGGGCAACUUCUUAAAGUGCUCCAUCAUCCACGCAAUGAAGAAGUGCUUUCCAGUGGUCAUAGGGAAUCUCUCGUGUUUCAGUUCUGUGCCCAUUGCCUCUUGUCUCAUCUCUGGGCACCACUGAAAAGAGCCUGGGUCUGUCUUCUUUACAUCCUCCCUUCAGGGCUUUAUAUAACAUAGAAUUGCAGGGGCGGGAAGCGACCUCUAGAGAUCAUCUGCCAAAACAGGCUCCCUAGGCCAAGUUGCAAGGUAGGCAUCCAGGUGUGUCUUCAACAUCUCCAGAGGAGAAUCCACCACCCCUUGGGCAGCCUGUUCCAGGGCUCUGUCACCAUUACUGAGUAGAAAUUCUCAUGCACGUUUGUGCAGAACUUCCUCUGCUUCAGUCUGUGGCCCUUUCCCCUUGUGCCAUCAACACACACUGCUGAAAGGAGUCUGGCCUCGUCCCUUUGCCUCCCGCACCUUAGGUAUUAAGACACUUACCAGAUCCCUGAGUCUUCUUUUCUCAAGGCUGAACAGACUCAGGUUACUCAACCUUCCCUCAUAAGAGAGGUGCU